AUGGCGCCCCAUGGGGAGAUGACGGCCCUCGUGACGGGGGGCAACACCGGGAUUGGCUUCGAGACCGCCAAGGCCAUGUGCGCCCAGGGGUACAGGACGCUCAUCGCGUGCAGGAACAUGGACAAGGCCGCCGCGGCGAAGCAAAGAAUCAAGGACGCCGUGCCCAGUGCCAAGGUGGAGGCCGCAUACGUGGACCUGGCGGAUCUGAAGACCGUCAGGGACUUCGCCAGCCGCGUCCUGGACUCGGGGGCCCCGCUGGACGUCGUCGUCAACAACGCGGGAGUCAUGGCAUGUGCACAGAUGUCCACUGUGGAUGGCUUUGAGUACCAGUUUGGUGUGAACCACCUGUCCCAUUUUCUUCUGACCAAUCUACUGCUGCCUCUUAUGAGGGAUCAAGACCGGCCAGCAAGGAUCGUCAAUGUGUCGUCGGAGGCUCACAAGUUCGGAACGAUCAAUUUCGACGACCUCCAGUUCGAGAAGCGGUACCAGCGAUGGGCAGCCUACGGCCAGUCGAAGCUGGCCAACAUACUGUUCACCUACGAGCUGUCCAGAAGGCUGAACGCCAAAGACAAAAUUGCCACAAACUGUUUGCACCCAGGCAUGGUCAAGACAGAACUGCAAAGACACAUUGUGCCAGACCCCAAUGCCUGGUACAUGAAGCCGCUCAACACUCUGACUGCGAAUUUCAUCAAGAGCCCUGAGGAAGGCGCGCAGACGAGCAUCUAUUUGGCCACAUCUCCCAAGGUUGAAGGGGUCACUGGGAAGUACUUCAUUUCCUGCAAACCAGCAGACUCCACCAAAAAAUCGAAAGAAAAAGAAGUGGCCAGGCGAUUGUGGGCGGUUAGUUGUGAAUUGACAGGCUGUUAG